AAAUAGUAUUUAAAUAACCUGCAGAUAUUGUCCUUAUCUAUGUCAAUGAGACAUUAAUGUGACCUGAAAUAAGUUCACACAGGACAGAUAAGGUCUGGUGGAGUAGCAGACUGGCAGAUAUGGAUAUCUUAAUGGUUUUUACAGUAUUUUGUCUUCUCCCAGUUAUCUUGUGUGAAGAGACUACCGAGCCCAGUUUAACCACGAAAGUAUUAAUACCUGUCUCCAGCAAAACACCAAGCCAUCCAACAACAUUAAUUUCCAAUAUAACAACACCAAGUAAACCUGUCAAUCAUACAAAGUCCAUCUGCUAUGACCAUGUUGGAUGUUUCAGUAAUGCUCCACCAUUUGACAAUGCUGACCUUGUUCUACCCAAAUCUCCAAAGGCUAUAGGUACUCAGUUCCUGCUGUUUACGCGUGAAGGACCAAGUGGCAAUGUUACAACUCCUGUUGAUUACGUCAGUGAUACUGAACUACAAAGUUCUAACUUCUCUAUAUAUAGACCUACUAAGUUCAUCAUCCAUGGAUUUUCUAAUGGUAUUAAAACAGAAUGGAUAUACAACAUGAAAGAUGAACUUCUCAAGAAGGAAGACUGCAACGUAAUGAUUGUGGUGUGGGGACCAGGAGCAAAGUUUCCUGACUAUCCUCAGGCUGUAGCUAACACAAGAGUUGUGGCCGAGCAGGUUAAAAUGAUGAUCAAAAACAUGGUUGCCCUGGGAAUUUCCUAUGAGAGCUUACACCUUAUUGGCCACAGCCUUGGAGCCCACACCUCUGGCCAUGUUGGUCAACUUCUGAGAAAAGAAAAUCUUCAUUUAGGAAGAAUUACUGGAUUGGAUCCAGCAGAGCCUGACUAUAAAGACCAUCCUAAAGUUGUGAGGCUGGACAAACUGGAUGCUCAUUAUGUUGAUGUUAUACAUACAAAUGGAGCUCCCUUUUCUCAAGGAGGAGCUGGUAUGUUUCAACCCUGUGGUGAUGUUGAUUUCUAUGUUAAUGGUGGUGAAAAUCAACCAGACUGUCCAGACCAAAUCUCUGGAGCACUUAGUCAUUUAGGAGACCUCUUCACCGGAAAAGUUGAUGCCCUUGCAACAGUAGUAUCAUGUAGUCACAGCAGGUCACAUGACGUCUUUAUAGAGUCCAUCAACUCUGAUAGUUGUCAGUUCACAGCAUACCCCUGUAAUGGCUAUGGAAAGUUUCAGAAUGGAGAAUGUUUAGCAUGUGGUGAGAAGGGUUGCGGUGUGAUGGGAUACGACUCUGACUAUUACUAUGCUACAGGAAUGUUGUUCCUGAACACGCGACUAUCUCAACCUUUCUGUGGACAUCACUAUGGUGUUCAGCUCCAAGUGUCAGAAAAAACAGAAAGUACAAAGGGAAAGGUUAUGAUUAAGCUUAAUGGUACCUGGGGAAUAAGUGAGUGGCUUACCAUUACAAGGUCAGACAAAGCUGCAUUUCAACAUGAUGACAUUAUGAACAGAGUGGUAGUAGCCGGGCAGAUUGUUGGUCGUAUACAGGAAAUUAAAGUGAAAUAUGUGAAGUACAAGGGUAACUGGCUUGGCUGGGGUGCUGGGAGAAACAAUCUCAAUCUGUUUCAAAUAAACAUACAUUCUGGAGAAAGUGGGAAAAGGUAUGCAUUUUGUCUGAGGGAUCCUUUAUUCACAGGCAAGGUCAAAACACUAACAACUUCAGAUGUGGCAUCAUGUACAGAUAAUUUAUAGAUUAAUUAAAAUAAAGUGCAAGGAAGACCUACACCAUGCUAACCAUUUUAUAAAUUGAGUGCACAAAGUGUUCUUAAUAGAUUCAUAGUCUACUAUAAAUAAAGGUUCUAAGAAUUA